AUGGCGGCAAGCAAGAUUUCUGUUGCAGAUCUUGUCAAGUUUGAGGAGGGAGAUAGAAUUGAUGUUGGCGAGCUUGGAGAGGGGCAGGACGCCGUGUAUGCAGCAGUGAGAGAGGAGGUCUUCGAUGUAGUUGAGCAAAGGAGGAAGAAGGCGCCUAGGAAGAGGGAGGAGGACUUCUAUGAGAUUACCCCGUUGACAAGCUUGGAGAAGUCUAUGGAUAGGAUCCUCCACGGAGAGAAGGCAAGGGAGCCGGGGGCAGUAGUCUUUGAGAAGAACUUCAAGUACGAGUUUGAUAGGAAGAUGAGGAGAAUCAAGAGGAUCAAAAGCAAGGCGUACAGGAGGAUCCGAAGACAGGGCAGACUCAAGAGUAAGAUGCCCGAAGAGGAGAACACACAGGAAAACCAUCUGGGCAGCGAAGACAAAAGACAUGGAGGAGUCCCAGACAUACUUCUAAAGGAGAUAGAGGUGGAGGACGACGAAAAGACGCCUAUACUUAGCUUUGGGGGAGACGAGGAGGUAGAGGAAGGCACACAGGAGGAGCUAGUCAGGCUUGCAUUUAAGGACGACGCCGCUGAUAACGAAAGGGUCUUCGAAGAGGAGAAGAGGGAGAUUGUGAACAGAGAGGCACCGAGGGUAGAGGAGGUUGUUCUUCCUGGAUGGGGAGAGUGGGCCGGGCCUGGGCUGGAGGUGAUCAAAACAAAGAGCAACACCGUAAGAAACGUUGUGGAGGGAAUCAAGUACUCCAACAGAAAGGACUUCAACAGAUCGCACAUCAUAAUCAACGAAAGUGUGCCGCAGGUGGACAAGAAGUUCCUAGCUGAGCUGCCCUUUGGAUACACAGAGAGCGAGUACAACGAAAAGAUUAAUGCCUCCAUAUCCAGAGAAAGGAACACCUUGAGGAUCUUCAAGAGGCUUGUUCGGACAAGAACUAGGCACGCAAAUGGAGAGGCAGCUGAGGCAUUCUGCUAUAGUCCCGGGUGA